GGCUUCUGGGGGUGAGGGGAAGCAGCCCUGUGUUUCGUGCUCGGAGGGUUGUGCUGUUCUUUGCCCACAUUGCCCCGGCGUGUUCGAUCCCCUGUAAUAACCCAUCCCCGUUCUCGUGCAGUUUUAAUUGUUGUUCCAACCUGACCUUGUGAUCUUCUCUCUGAUUUACUCCUUGGGUGUCGUGAAUCUUUACCAAGCCUGGGGAUUUGGGCUCUGCACCCACCCCGACACCGCAUCUCUGUUGAUGGGGUUUCGUCGCAGGUCCAACUCGGUGUCAUUUGUUGGCGUGUUUCAGGUGGGAAAUAUGGGUGUGGAACACUUCUGCUCAGCCCUGGGGUGGGCAGAGGGGUGCAGAAGGGGCAGGUGGCUCGGGUCUGAGCUGGUUCUGCACGGUCUUUGUUCUAGGAGUUAUUUUCCUUGGGGUUCUUGGCGGAAAACUUGGCUGAAAGGUAAAAAAUAGUUAAAAAAAAAAUAUUGUCAUAUUUAAUAGGAGUAUUUUUCAGGCUGAAAUCCCAGCCUCUCCCUGGAACUUUUUGCUGCCUUUUUAGCAAAGGCAACGCCCCAGGAUGGUGCUGGGCUCUAAUAUUUCUAUCAAAACCUUCCUACAAGGCACCCUCAGCACGGUCUCAGAGUCCCUCCCCAGGUCUGGACCCUGCCCGGGGGAUUCCCGGGGACAGCACCGACAUGGGGAGCUGCAGCUUUGUGCAAGGUUAAACCUUGUGUUUCCCACUGGCUGUGGCUGCAUUCAGCAAGCUGGGCCCUGCUGACGCGCACACAUCUGCAGGAUCGGGACAAUUAAUUCAGCUGCUUUUCAGCUUUCCAGCAGGGCACUAAAUGAGAAUAUGGCCAAUGGCAUUGAAGAUCUUAUUGGGAUCCCAUUCCCAAACCACAGCAGCGAGGUCCUAUGUGGUCUAAACGAACAGCGACAUGAUGGUCUACUCUGUGAUGUCAUCCUCAUCGUCCAGGACCAGGAGUACCGGACCCACCGCUCUGUCCUUGCUGCCUGCAGCAAGUACUUCAAAAAACUCUUCACUACCGGCACUUUAACUGACCAGCCCUAUGUUUACGAGAUUGACUUUGUCAAGCCUGAAGCACUUUCCGCCAUCCUCGAGUUUGCCUACACCUCAACCCUCACCAUCACCACCUCCAACGUCAAGCACAUCCUCAGCGCUGCCAAGAUGCUGGAGAUCCAGUGCAUCAUCAACGUCUGCCUGGAAAUCAUGGAGCCCAGCAGAGGGGAGGAGGAGGAAGACGACAAAGAGGAUGAAGAUGAUGACGAAGACGAAGACGAAGAUGAAGAGGAAGAGGAGGAGGAGGAAGAAGAAGUGGAAGAUUUUGUCAAUCAGGAGAACCUGACUGAUGGCCAAGAAGUAAGCUGUCACCAAAGCCCUUCCAAGUCUGAUCUUACUGAAGAAGCAUUUACUGAAGCACCUAAAGACUUUCCAAAUCACUACCCAGCCAACAACUCCUCUGGACACCUGGGCGUGAUACGAGACUUUUCCAUCGAGUCCUUGCUGAGGGAAAACUUGUACCCCAAGGCAAACAUCCCAGAAAGGAGGCCAGCCCUCUCUCCUUUCACCCCACCCUUCUUCCCCCAUCUGUGGAAUGGUGAUUUUAGCAGCUUUCCCCAACUCGAAGAGCCGCAGAUAGACAAUGGCCCCUUGGAUCUGGUGAUCAAAAAGAGGAAGAUCAAGGAAGAGGAGGAGAAGGAAGAACUGCCUCCGCCUCCUUUCCCUAAUGACUUCUUCAAGGACAUGUUUACCAACACCCCAGCAGCUCCCUUAGGGCACAUUAAGGCAGAGACCGACUACAGCGCUUAUCUCAAUUUCCUCAGCGCUACUCAAUUUGGAGGAGUUUUUCCUCCAUGGCCCCUGGAGGAAGAGAGGAAGAUAAAGCCCAAGGCAUCCCAGCAGUGUCCCAUCUGCAACAAAGUCAUCAUGGGGGCUGGGAAGCUGCCUCGGCACAUGAGGACCCACACUGGGGAGAAGCCGUAUAUGUGCAAUAUCUGUGAGGUCCGCUUUACCAGACAGGACAAGCUCAAAAUCCACAUGCGGAAGCACACGGGUGAGCGGCCCUACCUGUGCAUCCACUGCAACGCCAAAUUCGUCCACAACUACGACCUGAAAAACCACAUGCGCAUCCACACGGGCGUCCGGCCCUACCAGUGUGAGUUCUGCUACAAGAGCUUCACCCGCUCCGACCACCUCCACCGCCACGUCAAGCGGCAGAGCUGCCGGAUGGCGCGGCCGCGCCGGGGCCGCAAGCCGGCAGCAUGGCGGGCGGCAGGCCUGCUCUUUGGGCCCAGCGGCCCGCCGGUGGAGAAGGCCUUCAUGGUGCCUCCAGCCCUGGAGGAGGUGGGCGGCCUUCCCGUGUGCCUUCCCGGCCCCAGCCCCGAGCACUUUCUGAGCGGGACGAAGGCAGCGUUCAGCCUGCAGGAGCUGGAGGACACCCAGAGGAAGCUGCUGCGGCGAGCACAGCUGGACAUGGAGCGGAACGCAGGCAUCUUCGCCUUCGCCCUUGGCCACAGCGACAACCUGGCGGCCCAACCCUUCUUCCCGCUGGCCGACCCGUGGGGCACAGGGUUCAGCGGCCUGGCAGGCCUGGGCCACGUGGCGCCCAUCUCGGAGGCCACCAACUAGGCCGCGGUGGGGCCGCUGCCUUCCUCCCCACGAGACUCAGCCAAGCGCUCGGGGUUGGGUCGCCCAAUGUUGGUGGCUCCGUCCAAGGCUGCUGUCAUCCUCAGUGCUCCCAAAAUGUCACUUGCCUUAGCAUGGGGCAUGGCCACCCCAGGGACUCUCUGCUCGGGGGACACUGGACGCCCACGAGCUGUCCAGACUUGGGUUUGGUAUGUUACAUUCCUUGGCCAUUUGGGUCAAAAGGACUUUUGGGAGUUGUUGGUUUUUUUUUUGUUUGUUUGUUUUUUAUUAAAUUCCUAACUCUGUCAACAAAACUAGUACUGAAGGGGAUCCUGGUUGGUUAGUCCUAAACCAUCCAAAAAAAAGGCUCUGGUAUCACCCAGGAGGAAUCUGGGUGGAAAAGGGGAUAUUUUGCUUCUUUCUUUUUUUUUUUUUUUUUUUUU